UGCUACUAAAAUGGCGGUAUAUCGCACCUUCGCUCACGCCCACUGUACGAGCGAGGUUGCCAAUCGUCAGAGAUUGCAUGCCGUGCUCGGUUAUGACAGCACGCGCAGCCUCUAUGAUCUCUCGUCUUCUUACACUGGUGGGGCGGCGCGGUCUCACAACCAUUUCCACAGAGACCUCAAAAUGCAGGUUUAGUAGAUACAGGUUUAGUAGCGAAUAUACCUAAUGUGUCUUCGAAGGUCAAUUGUGGCAUGCUCUGGUUGAGGAUGCUUGGAAAUCU